AUGGACGCGAUCGAGGCUGCGUUGGCCGCCAACUUCGCCUACGUGCGCGCGCUCGAGGCCUACGUGCAGACGUGCGACACGAAGGAGGCCGAGAUCCACGACCGGCUGCGGGCAAUCCGCGCGCGGAAGCGCGGGCGCCACGACGUGGUGCUGGCCGACAAGGUCGCCGCCGCGACCGCGAGCCGGGUCACGUACACCGAGGUGCAUCUCGCAAUGCAGCCGCCGCCGCAAACGCUUCCGCGCGGUACGAAGAAGCGGCUUCUCGGUGCGUACCGUGAGAAGCGGUCGGCGUUCUUCCAAGUACCCUGCGCGCGCGUCCACGGCGGUAGUGUGAGCCUGUACUACACCAACCCGGACGUGCAACACUUGACGAUCAUCCAGCAGCGGUACCCGGACCCGAAGAUGCUUCUGUUUCGCAAGUGGAAGCCCGCCGAGGUGAGUGGCCUCAACAAGGCGAUCGUUGCGCUCGACGAUGACGACGGCACGUCGUCCAUCGAUUGGGAGCGGGUGCGCGCCAAGGCGGGGCUGGCCGACCGAACGCCGCGUGCGUGCCAGCUGCGGCAUUUGAUUCUGCAAGAGGAGAUGCUCGAGAAGGCGUGUGCGUGGACACCACGCGAAGACGAAGCGCUCGCCCGCCUCGUUGCCACCAGCCACGACUGGCCAGCGAUUGCAAACACACUGCACACCGAGCACGGGUUUCCACCCCGCCUUCCCGUGUCGUGCCUCAUUCGGUACCAAACCAUGUGCAACAACGACUUGUUUCCGAGCGUGUGGACACCGGAAGAAGACGAGCUGCUGCGCGACGUCAUGGCGACGAUGGCCGGGAACGAGAGCAACAUUUGGCGCCUCGUGGCUGAGAAACUCGCGAUCGGGCACACGCCCGACCAGUGCGGGUACCGGUGGCGCAACCACCUCUGUCCUACCGUCAAGACGGGCCAUUUCUCGGUCGAGGAAGACCGGCGACUGCUGCUCGCCAUGUAUGUCGUGGCCGCCGACGCCGACGGCGGUAUGACUGCCCGCUCGAAUUUGGAUUGGCACAAGGUCCAAGACCUCAUGCCCGGUCGCACGAACGUCAUGUGCAGCCAGCGCUACCGCGACUCGCUCAACCCGUUCAAAAAAUACGACCAUUUUACGGAAGCCGACGACAUGGUGAUCGCCGAGGGCAUCCGGCUCCAUGGCACCAACGCCUGGCCGGACAUUGCCGCCAUGCUGCCCGGGCGGUACCCGGACCAGAUUCGGAAGCGCUGGCGCGCCAUCCAGCAGCGGUUCGACGUCGAGGAAGACGACGCGCCGACCGUGCGGGUGCGCGGGAAGGCGACCGCGUCCUCGGUCGUCAAGACGCUUCGGCGCACGACCCGCGUCGCAAAAUCUACUACCAAGCGAAAGAAGAGCCAGCCAACGAAGGCUACUACCAGCAUGGAGCAAACCGACGUUGUGCCCUUGUCGGGUGUGUUCCUUAUUUAA